ACAGUCAACGGUGAGGCGGUUACCAAGCGGCACUUGAAAAUCGCCGCUCGCUGAAAGCAUAUUCUGCGCGAGCUUUUGCCCAUCCCUCUCCACACUUCCUCCUUUUUCUCUAUAGAAAAGUUCGCAAAGAGUGCCGACGCGUGACUGAAGGUUAUCGAGACGCGUGCGCCUCAGCUGGAGAGCGAUAGUGACUUGAAUUUCAGUUCUCAGCUCGGGUUUUCGCUCGAAUUCGACUAUAUUUAGUGUUGUCUCCAUUUCAAACCACCUGGUGUUGAUUAUGAUCUCUAGUUGAUAGGUUUUGGAAUAAAAAGCGUGUGCUCAAGGAUUAUGCUACCACUGCUCCGUUCGGAUUAAUCAAGGACUGAUCACAAGGGUAUAAGGGUGCACAGCUAAGGAAGGUAGAAAAUGCCAGAUAUGGACGAGGGUCUAUCACAGACUGAAAUUGAUUUAAUACGAGAAUCAUGGCAACCUUUCGCAAAAGAUCUACAAGAAACUGGAAUCACAUUCUUCCUGGCAUUCUUCAAAAGGCAGGCGGACUACCAGGAGGCCUUCCCGUUCAGAGGCGUGCCUUUGAGUGAGCUACGGCAGAACGAAUCCUUCCGGCGGCAUGCCAAAGCAGUGCUUCAGUUCAUCGACACAGCCAUAGCAUCGCUCGAGAACACCUCGGAAAUCCUAAGCAUGUUAGAAAGCAACGGCAAAUCUCACGGCCGGAAAAAUCUCGGCCUCACGUGGUCGCACUAUGAGCAUCUGGAGUUUACUCUGUUGGAUGUGAUAGACGAAUUUUACGAGCAGGAAAAACGGCCAUUAAGCUCUCUCGAGAAGGAAACUUGGGCCAAAUUCAUCAGAUCCGUCACGUCCGGUAUUUACAAAACUGUGCAGAUUCACCAAAAUGCAAUUCAAAGUUGACCCCCUCCUCCCCAACUUAAAUCAGUGACAGGGAAUCAUCUCCCGUCAUUUGCAGCAGAACAGCAUCGCUUGGAGGGUAGAAACCUCGGGGACAGUGACGAAACGUGAAUCAACGACUAUCGAUAUUUUCUCACUCUAAGUUAUGGUAAAGAAUCGAGUUUUUGCGUGUUGAUUGUGAGCACCUUGAUAAUAGAUCCUUUUUCACAGGUUUAAACGAGGUAUCAAUUGAUUUAUCAUAGAGCAUUACAAGCCGCUGCAGGGGAAAAAUUCUCGCUGAUGAAGACAUGAAGUUGUUGGAGGUUAUCUGCUCACAAAAAUAAUUGCAUAAUGUCACAGUUUGAUGAAUGUCUUAAUUUGUCUUUAGUUAUCUUGUCUAAUAAUGCCUUAAAAUUAAUUUUAUACAUACUUAUCUACGAAGUAGUUUUUGAGAUUCGACCUGAAUACUCGCACCUGUUGCUCAGUAAAACUGCUCUGGUAAAAAUUGGCGGUAGGAGCUGCGUUUCAAAAUACCAUAGGAGCUCCUAUAGUCGACUGAAGAAGGCGAUAGAAAAUCAUAUAGCUGGCUGUAGAAAGUGGAAAAAA